AUGGUGAGAGACACUGCGGCAUACGGGUUCGUGGCUCGAGCUCUGGAGCUUCUCAUCGAAAAGGAAUACGGGCCCGAGACCUGGGAUGAAAUCAAGAAAGAGUGCAAUCUCUCGGAAGAGGAGCUUCUUUCGAGAAUCGUUUACGAUGACUCGGUUCUCUUCGAGCUCUUCUCGACCACCGCGCGGAUAGUAGGAACGAACGAGACAGUUCUAUUGGAGAGAUUCGGGGAAUACUUUUUUGAAUACUGUCAGACUCAUGCCGGCUACGGACAAAUUUUGCGAGUACUGGGUUCAGAUCUCGAGACCUUCCUGCAAUCCAUCGAUUCUCUGCACAUCCAUCUAUUGACCUUCUAUCCCGCGAUGAAAACCCCGAACUUCACUUGUGAACGAGAAAACGACGGAAGCCUGAUACUGCACUAUUACUCGUACCGGAGAGGUCUCGAAUGGAUGGUGGUCGGUGCCAUAAGAGCGGUCGCCCUGCGUCUCUUCUCUGAAGUUGUGGCGAUUAAGAUACUCUCCUCAGAGGAUUACGGUCAAGAAGGACAGCACACACAAUUGCGCAUAACCAAGAGUGCCGAGACCAUAGAGAAGGAGGAAGCGGCCGAAAAGUUCAGAUUCCCAGAAGAGAAAAGGAUCUCUCCUGCGACCUUCUGCAGAGCAUUCCCAUUCCAUGUGAUUUUCGACAAGGAAAUGACUGUGAUUCAAGCAGGGACAUCCAUAACGCGCAUACUGCCGAAUAUGCUCCAAGAUUCGCUGUGUAAUUUUAUGGAGCUCAUCCAGCCUCAGAUGGCGUUGACUUUCGAAAACGUCCUUCAGCACACGAACACUGUAUUUGUACUCAGGACCAAGGGCCCCGACUCAUCUAGAUUCGCGACCAGGAUGAUCCUCAAAGGGCAAAUGUCUCCAAGCGGGGAAGGAGAAACCAUUCUAUUCCUGUGUUCCCCUUCAGUGUUCAAUCUCGAUGAUCUCAACAGACGAGGUCUCUAUAUCAGCGAUAUUCCUGUGCAUGAUGCCACCAGAGAUUUAGUUCUCCUCUCUGAACAGUUCGAAGCCGAGUACAAACUCACCAAAAAUCUCGAAGUACUCACCGACAAGCUCCAGCAGACGUACAGCGAGCUCGAAGACGAGAAGAAGAAAACCGAUAGGUUACUGUACUCUAUUCUGCCACCCUCUGUCGCAAACGAACUUCGUCACCACAGACCGGUCCCGGCGAAGAAAUACGAGCAGGUUACGAUCCUCUUCAGCGGAGUUGUCGGUUUCACGGAUUACUGCAAGCGUAAUGCUGAUUCACAGGGUGCGAUGAAGAUCGUCAAGCUACUGAACGAUAUAUACACGACGUUUGAUGUUCUGACCGACCCGAGAACAAACCCAGAUGUGUACAAGGUGGAAACCAUCGGCGACAAAUACAUGGCUGUUUCGGGACUCCCUGAUCCCUGCGAGUGUCACGCGAAGCGAAUCGCUCAGCUGGCUUUGGAUCUGCAAGAUCUCUCGAAAAAAAUAACGAUCGAUACUGACCAUGCAAUGGAAAUAACCAUCGGCGUACACUGUGGUGAGGUCGUGGCCGGAGUGAUAGGCAAGAAGAUGCCUCGCUACUGCUUGUUCGGGAAUAGCGUAAACCUUGCCAGUAGGACAGAGACCACCGGCGAGAAGGGGCAAAUAAAUAUAUCAGAACAAGUUUACGAUCUGCUUCAGAACGGUAUCAACUCAGACGAGGAUUUCUCAUUCCGCUAUCGAGGGCCGGUGCCUAUGAAAGGCAUGAAGGACAGAAUGAAAGUUUGGAUCCUGUCUCGGAGACCUCGAGGAUCUCCCAACUCACUCCAGGUUCCUUGAGGAUCAUGAACGAGCAUACGAGAUACGAGGAAUCACGCUCGAAGUGAAAAUAUAAUCAAUGGAGCGAGCUCGCAAUGUAUCCAUAUCACAUGCAUAUCUUCGUUGGGAAUUUACAGCGUCAGGAUGGCGCGGCAUCGCUGUCGGCUUUGGGGUCCGGAGCCUCAAGAUCAGCCGGCUCCGGAUUUCCGAGCUGAAAGCGGGUGACAAUCCACCAAAACCCCGUUCGGGGUAAUGUGUUACAGAUGUGACUGCAUUUGAAUACUCUUAGAGGAUACAUUGAAGGAUCGGCUCCGCACGACCUCGCAG